GUAUGACGUGAACAACCGGUCCCUCUUUCACUUCUUUGCUUCCCCUACAGAAGGUCCUUCGUCAAGCUUCACCAUGGCGAAUGUUGCUGAUACUAAAUUAUACGACCUUCUUGGAGUGACUCCUACGGCCACAGAAAAUGAACUGAAAAAAGCAUACAGGAAACUGGCAAAGGAAUAUCACCCUGACAAGAACCCCAAUGCUGGAGACAAGUUCAAGGAGAUCAGUUUUGCGUACGAGGUGCUGACCAACCCUGAGAAGAAGGAGCUGUACGACCGCUAUGGGGAGCAGGGCUUGCGGGAAGGGGGAGGUGGAGGAGGGGGCAUGGACGACAUCUUCUCCCACAUCUUCGGAGGAGGCCUGUUCGGCUUCAGAGGCGGCCAGGGACGCCGCAACGGGGGCAGGCGGAGAGGAGAGGACAUGGUGCACCCCCUCAAGGUGUCCCUGGAAGAUCUCUACAAUGGCAAAGCAACCAAAUUACAGUUGAGCAAGAAUGUGCUGUGUGGGACCUGCCAUGGCCAGGGCGGUAAGACGGGUGCUGUCCAGAAGUGUACAGCCUGCAGAGGGCGUGGCAUGCGCGUCAUGAUCAGACAGCUGGCCCCAGGGAUGGUCCAACAGAUGCAGUCUAUGUGCACAGACUGUAACGGGGAAGGUGAGGUGAUAAGUGAGAAGGACCGUUGUAAAAAAUGCGAAGGCAAGAAGGUGGUGAAGGAGGUGAAGAUCCUGGAGGUGCACGUGGACAAGGGCAUGAAGCACGGCCAGAAGAUCACCUUCGGGGGCGAGGCCGACCAGGCGCCCGGCGUAGAGCCAGGAGACAUCGUCCUCGUCCUGCAGGAGAAGGAACACGAGACCUACAAGAGAGAUGGCAGCGACCUACACAUGGUUCACAAAAUUGGUUUAGUUGAAGCACUUUGCGGAUUCCAGUUCACACUGAAGCAUCUAGACGGCAGACAGAUCAUGGUCAAGUACCCUGCUGGAAAAGUUAUUGAGCCAGGCUCCGUCAGGGUGGUGCGAGGCGAGGGUAUGCCACAGUACAGGAACCCCUUCGAGAAAGGAGACCUGUACAUCAAGUUUGACGUGGAGUUCCCAGAGAACAAUUGGAUUAGCCCAGAGAAACUGACGGAGCUGGAGGACCUGCUGCCCAACAGAGCGGAGCCUCCCGUCAUCUCUGCGGACGCUGAGGAGGUGGACCUGCAGGACUACGACAACAGCCAGGGCUCGUCCGGAGGACACCGCCGCGAGGCCUACAACGACAGCUCCGACGACGAGGGCGGACACCACGGGCCCGGAGUACAGUGCGCCCACCAGUAGUGGGCAGACGAGACGAGACGAGAUGGAGAGCAAUGCCACCCCGCUUGGCACCCGGAGAAGGAGAGAGAGGAGAGGGGGACGACAGGAGGACAGAAGGGGAAGGAAACGAAACAGAUAACGACUUGACCAGUUGCACAACAACAUUGAUCGGGCACAGUUGAUCUGAGCUGGACUGAGCUGUUUGGAUCAGAUCAGGGGUCUGCCUUAAAAAAAAACACACACACACACACACAAAUAUUGUCGUAUGUAUUUGUCCCCGUCUCUCCUCCGCUCUGUAAGCCCUCCCCCAGCCCCCCACCCUCUACUCCAACACCACCUUGUAGAAAACGCACAGCCCAAAUAUCCCCUCGCCCCGCACACAUAUCCUCUCACUUCUCCUUGUAUACUUCAACACACCUAAAGGCAAACCCCCACAGCCCCCCUCCCCGUUCAAAACACAUGCUGUGGGGAAGAAAGGUCAUUCCUCUCUGGCGCGGUGUAUAACUCGCAUCCUUUUGUUCUAGUAUUUACACAAUCUCAUUUAAACUAACCAUCAAAUGCCGUUUCGACCUGGGACAUUUUUUUUGACACCUACAGCGAGAUUUCUGUGGCGUGAGAGAGAGCCCGUAAGACUUAAUGAAAACGACGUCCUUCUGAAACAUCAUGGGACUCCAACAGACAUCACAUUUUUAGGUUGGUUUGUGUGUAUCUGUGCUUGAUUUUUACCACUUUAUUUUCUUUGUAGAUUUUUACUUUUUUUUCUUCUUUCUAUUAUAUUUUAAAAAAAGAAAUUGGAAACCGAAGACAAUGUGUAUAAAAUUGAAGUGAUUGUCAUUAAGCUUUGUAUCAGCUGCUGUCAUGCAGAGCAAUGUGAUUUAUAAAAACCUAGAAAUAAAAAUUAAAUCGCCUGUAUCCGUCUUCAACCAGGUGCAUGUAAAGUGCUUCAGUCCUUGUCAGUGAUGUUCACAUGCCGUCUCGAAGUGUUCACGAGAGAAAGUAGAGAGAGAGGAGAAAGAAGACAAGCAGCUGUAGGAAAACAUACCUUCUGUGACACACAAAGUUGAAGUUGAAUAAAAUAUGUUAAAUCAA